AUGUCUUCAGCUCAGGAUCCAUUUUACAUUGUUAAAGAGGAGAUUCAGGAAUCUAUUGACAAGCUGCAAUCUACUUUUCACCAGUGGGAACGUGCCCCUUCAAAUACAGGAGAGCAAGUUCAUCUUACAAAAGAGUUGCUUGCCAGCUGUGAAAGCAUUGAGUGGCAGGUGGAUGAAUUGGACAAAGCAAUUGCUGUAGCAGCUAGAGAUCCUGCCUGGUAUGGUAUUGAUGAAAUUGAGCUUGACAAACGGAGAAGAUGGACCAGCAUGGCUCGCACUCAAGUGGCUACUGUCAGGAAAGCUGUUGAAGCUCAGAAGGAGCAAAAUAGUACAGUAACCAGUGGUCUUAAUGGAACACGUCAAGAGUUGAUGAGGCUUCCAGGUGAUCGUUAUACAGCCAAAUCCCAGUAUAUGUCUCAAGAUGAUGAUGAUUUCAUAACAUCAGAAUCAGAUAGGCAAAUGCUUCUCAUAAAGCAGCAAGAUGAAGAACUGGAUGAGCUUAGUGCAAGUGUUCAGAGGAUUGGAGGUGUUGGGCUCACCAUACAUGAGGAACUCCUUGGACAGGAGAAAAUCUUAGAGGAUUUAAGCUUGGAAAUGGACAGCACUUCAAAUCGUCUUGAUUUUGUUCAGAAGAAAGUAGCUAUUGUAAUGAAGAAGGCGAGUGCUAAAGGCCAGAUUAUGAUGAUACUGUUUUUGAUAGUUCUGUUCAUUAUUCUCUUUGUUUUGGUUUUCUUCACCUAGCCUAACAAGGGGAGUCCAGUUUAUGCCGAUCUUCGUAGCAAUGAAAUUGUAGAAUUCGAAGCUGGAUAUAUGAAAUGGUUGCAGAUA